AAGAUGUUGCAGGAAGUUAGCGUUGGUGGUUAUGUGUGCAAAUGGCUUCUUGUAUCUCAAACCCUGUAUCAUUACAGGGCUGGAAGAGAAGCACCCCUUAUAGCUUAUUCGGUUGGAACAUUGGCAAGAACAAAGCUGACGACAAACCACAGACUAAGUAUCAUGAUAUGGAUCUCACCUUCCCACCUUCUCUUCUCAAUAAAACUUUCUUGAAGGGUAAGGAACUCAAAUGCUGCUAUAGGGCCACAAUUGAUGGGUUUAGCGCGACGAAAUUUCACGAAUGCUGCGACUUCAAGGGGCCAUGUGUGAUCAUCGGCUACGCAGACAAUUCUUUCAAGUUUGGGGCUUUUAACCCUGAAGGCUACAGAAGCACUGACGAUUACUACGAUACUUUUGAUGCUUUCUUGUUCUACUGGCCUGAAACUGGUGCUCAAACCCAACCCAUUGUUUUGCCCAAGGUUGGUGGCAGUGGUGCGGCUCUUUUCGAUUAUGCUCGUGGGGGCCCACAAUUUGGGGCGGAUGGGCUUCUCAUUGGGCCCCCCUUGGCCCCAGUUAUGGGUGGUUUUGCAGGACCUGAUACAAACUCUGGCAUUGGUAACCUAAGGCAAGCCAAGUCUAGAUUGGGAUUGUCUUAUGCUAAGAGGGAAGACGGCAAAGAGUCUCUUUUUGGAGACGAGUCCAAGGCUACCCUUGAAGAAGUUGAAGUUUUUUGCAGCCCCCAAAUUGCUAGCUUGUACUAGAACUGCAUAAUGGGAAUGGUUGCCAUGGAUUCAUUGAACACGAUAAGUCGUACUGUGGAAAGUAUCCAGACAUGGAAUCUUGUACUUCAGAGCAAU